CGGGGUCAGCGACUGAGGGCGCGGUGACACGCUGUGUGUGGGGCGUUGAGUAACGUUGCCUUCCUGGUAGAUAGCUUGCACGGAGGGUUCCCCUUGCAGGCAGAACCCCGGCACCAUGCGAGAGUUUAGCCUACUGCUCCUCUUCUGGGGGUGCUGUGGCAUCUGCAGAGGGGUGUCACCCAGUCCACUUGGGGCAGACCCCACCUCGACGGGUAUUGGUGGGUGUGUGGACUCCACCAUGUGCCCAGAUCAUGCCAUCUGCCACAACAUGACCUCUGGCCGUUACUACUGUGAAUGCAAGCAGGGCUAUCAGCCCAGCAACAGACAAAACCGCUUUGUAGAGCUGGGAGUGACGUGCCAAGAUGUCAACGAGUGCUCCCAAAACCCCACACCCUGUGGGCCUCACUCCGAGUGCAGAAACAUGCGGGGAAGGUACAGGUGCAGCUGUCUGCCUGGCUUCUCCUCACCCACUGGCAAUAACUGGGUUCCAGGCAACUCAGGCAAUUUCAGCUGCACAGACAUCAACGAAUGCCACAGCAAUGGAACCUGCCCCAGGGAUUCCGACUGCGUCAAUUCUGCAGGAAGCUACACUUGUCGUUGUCACAACGGGUUUGUCUUUCACAACUCAGCCUGUCAAGACAUAGAUGAAUGCAAGAAAACCCAAACCUGCCCUGAGCACGCCAUCUGCCACAACACAGUCGGAAGCUACCAUUGUGUUUGCAAGGAUGGAUUCGACUCCACAAGUGGCGAAGUCCUUUUCAAGGGACGGAGAGAAUUGUGCGAAGACAUAGACGAGUGCUCCAAAAACCGUACCAUCUGCGGUGCUAACUCGGUGUGCGGUAACACAGUGGGAGGAUACAACUGUUCCUGCAUGCCUGGCUUCCGCCCUACCGGCGUCUGGACCCCCCAGGACUUCAAGGCUUUGAAAUGUACAGGUAAUGGUGUCUCCGUGGGUAUCAAACAGAAACACGGAACGGGGCUGCCCGUUCUUGCUUGUAGGGUUUAUAGGGCUUGGUCACACGGGCCCUGGGUUAAACGAGAUGUCAUUCAGGACGCGGAUGAAUGCCUGCUGGACCCAAACCCCUGUAGCCCCAACUCCAUCUGCACCAACACCCUGGGCUCCUACAGCUGCACUUGUGCCCCCGGCUUCUGGCCGGAAAGUGCCCAGGGACACGGCAACAGCAGGUGUAAAAGUAACUAUAGCCCCGGCUGGGUGUCGGCCAAGAUUUUUCUCAUCUCAUUGGCAAGACUAUCGGUUUGUCGAGCAGCCAGGACUUGGCUAUUUUGCUUGCCAACAUGUUUUAUGCAGAACUGGUCUAGUAGUGAUGGAUUCUACCCAUACACAUAUUUAAAAAGCCAGGAGCCGGGGGCUCCAUCUGGUCUCCCAUGUGGGUAUCAGGGGCCCAAGCGCUUGGACCAUCCUCUGUUGCUUUCCCAGGCGCACGAGCAGGGAGUUAGCUGCGAAGUAGAGCAGUUGGGAUUUGAACCUACGUCGCUGUGGGAUUCUGGUGCCGCAGGCGGUGGCUUAGCAUGCUGUGACCUCGCCAGUGUCUUGCCGAGGUGCAAGUGUGGUGUGACGGCUUCUGUCUUUUCUCCAGAGGCUCCCUUCAAGUGCAGGAGUGACGUGGACUCUCUCGGCAAGUGGGAGCAGCAAUGCCACACAGCAGCAGCAGCCAGGGACCCACAAGAUGCCGCUUACUGCAGGCUCAUGAACUCCGCCUUGGGUGUGCUGGACAACACCUGUAAGAACGAAACCACCGCAGCGACUCUGAAGACGGCAGUGAACAACCUCACCUCUGUGCUUGAGCAGACAUCCAAGAGGUCCAGCAACUUCACCAGGGAGGAGGCAUCCACCCUGGCCACGGCCUUACUGGAAAGCACAAAGAGCAGCGUCCUGGCGGCCCUCCUACUGCCCUCCGCCGCUGGGAACCACAGCCAGACCAUUCGCACACCGGGCUUGGAUCUGGAGAGCCAAGUUGUCGCGGGAGGAUGCCAGGAAGAGGAUGUGCUAUUCAACCUGGAAGCCAAAGGAGAUGCUAUGAGAAUCAGCUGUUCCACCAUCGAGGAGUCGGGGUCCACGGGCAGAGCUGGCGUGGCUUUCGUUUCUUUCGUGGGUCUGGAAUCUCUCGUGGAUGAACGCUUCUUCCGAGACCUCUGGGACCUCUCUGUGGACAGACUGAAGAUGAACUCCCGGGUUGUGAGCGGCAUCCUGACCGGGAAGAAGAAAAACGGCUUUCAGAAAGAUGUACUCUACUGGCUGGAAAACAUCCAGCCAAAGCAAAAGCAUGAGACCCCCGUCUGUGUUUCCUGGCACACCGAUGAGGAGGGUGGAAGAUGGACUCGCUCUGGCUGUUCUAUCCUGAAUGACUCCGAGACGUACACCGUCUGUCGCUGCAGACACAUCACCAACUUGGCGGUCAUCAUGGCCCCUCGGGAGGUCACGGUGGACUUUACCUUGUACAUCAUCAGCCACGUGGGCAUCAUCCUGUCCUUGCUGUGCCUCGCCCUCGCCGUCCUCACCUUCUUGCUCUGCCGCUCCAUCCGCAACCACAACACCUACAUGCACGCACACCUGUGCGCGUGCCUCUUCUUGGCCAAGCUGCUCUUCCUCAUCGGCUUCGACAAGACUAACCCCCAGCUGGGCUGUGCGCUCAUUGCUGGCGUUCUGCACUUCCUCUUCCUCGCCUGCUUCUCCUGGAUGCUGUUGGAGGCCAUCACGCUCUUCCUGACGGUCAGGAACCUGCAAGUGGUGAAUUACUUCGGCACCCGCCACGUUAGGAUGCUGCCCCUGUGUGCCUUCGGCUACGGGGUCCCAGGGCUGGUGGUGGCUAUCUCCGCCUGUGUGAAGCCGAGCGGCUAUGGGACUGAGCAUAGCUGUUGGCUGGAGAAGGAGUCAGGGUUUGUAUGGAGUUUCCUGGGCCCGGUGUGCACCAUCAUAGUGGUCAACUCCAUCCUGCUGACCUGGACGCUGUGUAUCCUGCGGCAGAAGCUUGGCAGUGUCAACACUGAAGUCUCCACACUCAGGGACACCAGGCUGCUCACCUUCAAGGCUUUCGCCCAGCUCUUCAUCUUGGGCUGUUCCUGGGUGCUGGGCCUUUUCCAGAUUGGAUCUGCAGCACUUGUCAUGGCUUACCUGUUCACCAUCAUCAACAGCUUCCAGGGCGUCUUCAUCUUCCUCAUCCACUGCCUACUCAACCGCCAGGUUCGAGAACAGUACCGGCGAUGGUUCUACAGGCAGUCCGUGACCGUGUCCCAGUCCCAGACCACAGGCAUGGUUCUGACGUCCACCCUCUCCUCUUCCAAAACGAGUUGAAAUCCUCUCCUGCUUUUC